UCCUGUAUUACUGUUUCCCUGAGUAGGUCCGGGUCAGCAGCAACUGUUUGUCUUAUGAAUCAUUGAACACGUUGGUGCUUUAUAGUGGAGGUUGUAAGUAACAAUUCAUUUCCUCCCACAACUAGUGAAUAUGAAUUAUUUGUUCCUCGCCAUCACUACUAGUUUAACAGCAGUAGGGGCUGCAUCAGACGAGCAUGGAGCCAACACUGUCACCUUAACUGCUGAAACAUUUGAGGAUUCUGUACAAGGGAAACCCAACUUUGUUAUGUUCUUCGCACCAUGGUGUGGUCACUGUAAAAGGCUGAGUCCAACUUGGGAUGAUCUAGGAAAGAAGUACAACACAGAAAAAGCUGAAGUUGUCGUGGGUAAAGUGGACUGUACUCAACACACGGCUCUUUGCUCCUCCCAGGACGUCACCGGCUAUCCUACGUUGAAACUUUUCGGCAAAGGCGUACAGAGUGGCGUGAAAUAUAAGGGACCUAGAGACUUGGCUUCACUCGAGAGAUUCAUCGCAGAGCAACUGGGAACUGAGGUGCAGGAUGUGGAACAAGCUUCAGUUCCAGAGGCACUUACAGGUUUGGUAGAGUACACGGAUGUCACCUUUAAGGCAUUGGUACCCAACGGCCGGCACUUCAUAAAGUUUUAUGCUCCGUGGUGUGGACAUUGUCAGAGACUCGCCCCUACAUGGGAAUCCUUGGCAAAGACUUUUGAGCAUGACAAGUCUGUGACGAUUGGAAAAUUAGAUUGCACCCAGUUCAGAGAUAUAUGCACUGAGUAUGAGGUGAAGGGCUACCCUACGCUGCUAUGGAUUGAAGAUGGAAAAAAGAUUGAAAAAUAUGCUGGAGAUCGCAGCCAUGAAGAUUUAAAGAAAUUCACAGUUCGCUCGCUGGGUGAUGACGCUGACAACCAAAAGGAAGACGCAGAUGAGCCACGACCGCCUAUUGCAAUUCUCACCUCUGAGAAUUUUGAGAAUGCUAUUGAGAGAGGGUACACAUUAGUGAAAUUCUUUGCACCAUGGUGUGGCCACUGCAAGCGCAUGGCCCCAACAUAUGAUGAGUUGGGUCGCAAGUUUGUUGGCCAUGACCAGGUGAAGAUAGCUAAAGUGGAUUGUACACAGGAGGUGAAUAGAGCCUUGUGCAGCGAGCAAAACGUAAAUGGAUUUCCAACUUUGUAUCUGUACAAGAAUGCCAAUCACAUUGGAGAAUACAAUGGAGAUCGCUCUUUGAACGACAUGGUCUCUUUCAUCACUAGACACUUGGAGCAUGAUGAACUUUAGUUCUUGUAGAUAUUUACUGGGACUUAAAGCCAAUUAAUGUGUCAUCUACCAGAAGUGAUAGGGCACCCGCUGGCUGACUAGCGAGGUGUUCAUCUAGGGUAAAAAAUGCCUUGUUAAGACGUUAGAUGACAUUGUUCAAUAACUAUUAGGUACAAGUUCAUACGGAAUUAUUAGAUAAUUCUUAUAUUUUAUAAAUAUUGUUUAGCGACUACUAGAUGGAGGUCAAUUUUUCAGUGAAUUGUUGAAGUGUGCCAGAUAUGUUGUAUAAUACUGUAUCUUGUUCUCCUUAUAGUACAGUAUAAUAAUAGGAAUUAAUAAUUGCCACUACUUUGGGGGGGGGGGGCUCAGAUAUAACUUAUCUAGUUUCUGUUCUUAAUAACAGUGAAUGUAUUUUUGAAAUUUUAAAGAUUAUUGUAUUUUUACUCGUGCCAAGCAAAGUACAUUAUCACCAUUGUACAGCAAUAUGUAAGUACCAUUAUUCCCUGGUUAUAACUUUAUUAUCUUCAGGGUAAUAACCAUCGUAUGCUGUAUAGUAACUUCAACCAUUAAAGAAGUUUUACUUGGCUUUAUACUGUAGUUUAUACAUAAGAAAAUGUAUUGUUUUCUGAGUGAAUAAUAUAUCAGGGUAUAUUUUGUAUUUUGCUGUGAAAUGUGUCUAGCAUUAUCCAAUUGUCUGUUGAAAAUAGGGUUGUUUAAUUUUUAUAUUACUUGUCCCAGGCAAGUGACUUAAGCAAUUUACUUGCCUGGAUAGUUUUUCUUUACUUGCCCUGACAAAUUUGGGAGGAACUUUGCUUGCCCAGUUUUUUUUUUUAGGUAAAAUGUUAAAUAAACACAAUAAAAUCA